UGGGAAUGAGGCUGGUUGCCUAGCGUCUGUAAAUUGCACUCUUCUAUUGAAACGUUCAACAUGAUUGGUCCUUUAUUUUGAAGCACUUUUAAACGGCUUCGUACUUUUGCCCAAUCAGAUAGAUUGUGGUUAAGAAGUAGGUAAAAUAUAUAGCAGCCAUUUUAUAGCUCAAAGCGGAUCGGGAAUCUGUCGUCGAUCAAUGUCAACGCAGCAUACAGUUUGGAUGAGAACUUUGCUUACUUCAUGCACUUAGUUUAUAUAUGAAUCCGUGGUUGUGAAGAUUUUUUAAAAGGACACGUCGAAGGAGGUAACGCUAGCGUAAGGCUUUUUUCUUCGGAUUAGGAUACACCAUAGACAGAUAAGGUUCCUUGAGGAGGAAUGAAAGUUGACUUUGACGUCAGUGCAGUCAGCCAUUUUCUAGCCAUGUAGGCAGAGAAACAAGAAGAAACUUGAACAAUCAUCUGAUGAAAGUUGGAGUUAGAGUUUUCAGCAUGUCAAGCAAUUUGACAUAGAAAACAUAGUGUAAGCCGCAUCAGUCAGGGGAGCCAUGACAUCCCCGAGGACAAGUCACAAUGGCAGAAUGUUAGGAAAUGUUCGCCUCGGCAACAAGUCAACCCUCUUCCCUCCAUUGACCAAGACUCUCAAUGAUUCGAAUAAGGCAUUCUUUCAAGAGCAUCAUUUAAUGAUCCAAGGCGAUGCACUGUCCACUCCACCUAAGGCCCCAGAGGAGAUAGUGUCUCCAAGGUUGGUGACCUCAACACGACCCUUGACCUCAAGGUCAGAUCCAAGCAGCAAACCAGAGUUAAAGGAUCUUCAAGCCAAAGACAAACAGCACCGAAAUCGCAUCCAGUCACUGCAGAAGCUUAUUGACCAACUGAGGGCAGAGGUUAAAUCCAAAGAGGAGGAGCUCACCAGUACGCAAGCAAGACUGCAGAAAAUUGAAGAGCACUACAAGAGUUUAUAUGAGGAGGAGAAGGAGGCACAUGAUAGAACAAGAGAAGAACUAGAGGCGACGAAGCAAGAACUCAAAGAGAAGACAAUCUAUGCAGAACAGCUCAAGGUGCAACAUGAACGACAGGUUGUGGACAUCAAUGCAGCGCACGAGCAAAGGCUGUCAGUGCUACGAGCAGAAAAAGACAAAGAAAUCUGCGACAGGGAUGCAAAGAUUGAAAAGAUGAAGAAACAGAUGGCUGACGUCUUGAAAGAUAACUCCUGGGAGCGUCAGCAACAGCUAGAGGAGCUCACCAAAGAACUGAAUAAAAUUUCAGAUGAAGCCGCAGCGUUAAGAAUCCGAUGCAAAAACAUGUCUUCAAAAUCAAAGUCAUGUGAUAACUGUAGCGCCAUGAAAGCAGAGCUAGAGAAGAAGACCAAGAGGUUGGCUGAGAGUGAGGUGACCAUCCAACAACUCAACGCACUCUGUAAGAAGUUUGAAACCCAGCUGAAACAGCAGGAUGUACUGCUGAAAGAGUUCGCCGUCAGCAAAGGUUUCAAAACGGACUACGAUCCAAAGAAAUGACGCCCCUCAGGUGUGUCAUAGUCAUCAUGCUUUAAAGUCCCCGUGAUUAGACUCCUGUUCAAUGACCCAAUGGCAGUAUUUUAAAAGGCGACCAAAUCCGUGCAAAGUGCAGCAUCUUGCAGUAUUAUACAGCCCUCAGGUCUUCUUACAAAGCUAUUGCUUCAUGCAACAAUAUCGAAAUAACAGUACAUUUUGAUUUGAUCACAUGUAACAGUUUGAACAAGAGCAAUUGUAUAAUGAGCUCAGGCUAAACCUAAUCCAACCAGUGUACAGGUAGUUGCCAUCACGUCUUGUAGGACUCGGGAUGAUAAGGUGCUAAAUGUACAUGUAGUCACGUAGCAGUUUCAGACCUUAAUUUACACUGGUUUUUCCUUAAAAUUCAAACCAUUUCCCCUUUUUUUCCCCAAGGGAAAUUCAGGUGCUUUUAAGAAUAUGCAUGUUUUUCCAGUGCGAGAUACCGGCUAAGUUAAAUGAAUAUUUGUUACACAUGUACCUCAUUGACUGUUACCAUGAAAGCAUCAGAUUUCCUCCCCCCCCCCAUAGAUUGUUAAGCUUAACCCUCCAGCAAUCUUGGAAGGGUUGGGUAGUUUAAUCGGGGACUGAGACCAUCAAAAUAAAAAACACAGGAAUUCAACCAUGAUGAUUGGAAACAAUUUUUUUCACUUCAAUGAUGAAAUGUGCACUCAGUCAGGUUUGCAGUGUCACUUAUUCCUUAUUUUCAGUACCGUUGCACUUUUUAAAAAUUCUAAUUCUUGCCCUGAAACCCCACCCCAAUGUGGCAUUUUUUCCCCCCUCUUCCUUUUGGCCACCUCUGAUAAACAAUAUUGCUAAACAUGUAUAUCCCCAUCAGGGUAGUAAUCAGGUGAGCCAUCAUUUGCGGUAGCCCCGAUGGGGGUUUUGAGCUGGCAAGUUACCUCUGCUUGCAGCUGACCUGACAGGUGAUAUCAAAACAUCGUAUCAGUGUUGGGGUUGAACAGAGAAGAAAACUCACCACUGUGACAUCUUUCAAACUAGCCGUAACCCAGGAAGGGACAGAUUCGACGGGAGUUUCCUAAACUUCAUUUCAAAGAAUCAACAUGUUUUAACAAUUGAAUUGUGAAUAUUUUCAAAAGUGCAGGAGGGUGUGGAGCCACACAGGUUUAUUUGGCACUUCAUCUCAAUUUGACAGCCAACAAAUUCCCUUUGGCUAUGUAACAUGUCAGCAGUGUAGGACCUUUCGUAUGAGGUUUAUACACCCUUAGCAAGUUUAUAUAUAUAUAUAAAGCACAUUUUAAGAUGAAAAGGUUGUUCAUGCAGUUGGAAUUUUAAACUGUACAUAAUAAAGUAAAAUAUGAACAAAAAUAAUAUAUUUGAGAAUGAUGUACAUGUAAGGUACUUAAUUCUGCAUGAGUAAAACCAUAUGCUAAGAAUUAGUAGUACUUUUUAGCAUUAAAAAAUGCAGAAAGGAUCCCUGCGUAAAAAGAUGAGACUCGAGAAUUACAUGCAGUGCUGUAGUCGAGAUCAAUGAAGACCUACACAAGACCAGCACAAGACCUCCGGUCUGAAUUCAAGUCACAAG